AUGCGAGGAUAUGAUAUCGAUGCUGUUGUGUGUUUCGACGACAAGAGUCAAUAUGAGAACGCGGAUUACUUAAAGAAGUAUUUCAUGGAUAUGGGUAUACCAGCUUACAAACUACAAUGGAUUCCGGACCUCCAAGGCGUUGCACCAGGCACCAAGGAAGAGACGGAAAUUAUGCAAGAUUACUACAGUAAAGAGAGCGACAGCACAACGGUGGGAACGAUCGCCGAGGAGCUGAUCCAUCGCCACGACCAGCGACUCAGCCGUCUGGGAUCUAUGCCGUAUGAAACCGAGGACAAGAUUUGGCAUCCUUUCACACAGCAUAAGCAUGUGAAGAACGCGAAUGACAUACUCGUCAUCGAUUCGGCAUAUGGCGACUUCUUCCAGGUCAAGCACGAGGGCAAUGAAGAGGUGCCCCAUCCUGAGAACCAGACCUUGUACCCAGCAUUUGACGGCUCCGCAUCCUGGUGGACGCAAGGUCUUGGACACGGUAAUCCGCGAUUGGCACUGGAAGCAGCAUAUGCAGCAGGACGCUAUGGUCAUGUCAUGUUCGCCGGCGCCACACACGAACCAGCUCUCACUCUAGCGGAAAAGAUACUUUCGGGCUUGCCACGCGGGACCCGUUUGAGGAAAGUGUUUUACACAGACAAUGGAAGUACAGCGACAGAGGUUGGUAUCAAGAUGGCGCUGCGGGCUUCCAGCAAGCGUUAUGGCUGGGAUAGCGCGAAAGAGGCCGUUGGCGUCCUUGGACUCAAAGGCAGCUACCACGGAGACACGAUCGGAGCCAUGGAUGCCUCUGAACCUUGUGUCUUCAAUGAGAAAGUCGACUGGUAUCGCGGUCGCGGCUUCUGGUUUGACUACCCGACCUUCAAGCUCAAGAAUGGCCAAUGGGUGGUUGAACCGCCCAAGGGCAUGGAAGAAGAAUUGGGUCCAGCUCAGAACUUUGAGAGUCAAGACGGCAUAUUCGAUUUCGCUACCAGAGGUAGAUCGGCGCAGUACGAGGCCUACAUAGAGAGAACACUAGACGAGCUGGUCAAGAAGCAAGGCAAGAAGUUCGGUGCCUUGGUACUAGAGCCUGUCGUCCUCGGAGCCGGAGGUAUGCUGUUUGUGGACCCGCUUUUCCAGCAAAGCCUAGUGCGCGUCGUCCGUCAUUACGACUUUGCAAACGGCUCCAGGGUUACGGAAACCCCGAAGGACGAGAAUGCUUGGUCUGGUCUUCCCGUCAUGUUUGACGAGGUGUUCACCGGUUUGUACCGUCUGGGUCGCUUCUCUGCCGCCUCAUUCCUUGACGUCCAUCCUGAUGUCAGUGUAAAUGCGAAGCUACUUACGGGAGGUCUACUUCCGCUUUCGAUCACCAGCGCAAGCCAAUCCAUUUUCGAAGCUUUCUUGGGCGACGAGAAAUCGGAAGCUCUCCUGCAUGGACAUAGUUAUACCGCUCAUGCAGUCGGAUGCCACGUUGCAAACACAAGUCUAGACAUCAUGGAGAAAUUGAACUUGGGCCAUGAGCGGAACUUGGCCGAGAACAAGGAUAAGAUGGUAAGCCAUGAUAGCGGCAACCGUGUGUGGAGUGUGUGGUCCGAUUCCUUCGUGGGGAACGUCUCAAAUCAUGAGAGGGUUGAGUAUGUGAACGCGCUGGGCUCAGUGCUGGCCAUAUCGCUCAUUGAUGAAGGCGGCUCUGGUAUGUCGAUCUUUUCUCCUCCAAGCUUCUUCAUUAACGUGACCUAG